UUGGACUCCGCCCCUCUCUCCCAAAGGUAAAGCAGGGUUUUCAGGCAACCCUGCAAAGAGCAGCUGGGAUUCCCAUCCCCUUCUGACAAGCUGUAAGGAGAAGUUGUUUCUCAGAUCUGAGUUUGAAGAGAGGAAACAAGUCAAUCAGCCUUUGUGGCCAGAAGCCUAGAGACCACAGAACUCUAAAUCAGGUGGAAGGAAGGAAUGAUGGAAAAAGUGCUGGAAAGCAGAAGCCCAUAAGGACCCAAAUGGUCCUCGAGAGAAUAAUUUUAUCCAAAAGCAAGAGCCAAGUGACACAUAAAUGAGCCAUAGGACUGGCCAGCCAGAUGAAAAAUAGACUGAUGGAGCCUACAUGAUAACUUUCUGUAUUUGAUUCUGUGACCCAAAACUAACUCAUCUCCCCAUACCCGCAGAGAAACCUGGGACCAUGAGGAGCAGCCUGACACUGGUGGGGACCCUCUGGGCCUUCCUGUCCCUUGUUACCGCUAUGGCCAGUUCUACCAGUUACUUCCUGCCAUACUGGCUCUUUGGAUCCCAGCUGGGGAAGCCAGUGUCAUUCAGCACAUUCCGGAGGUGCAACUACCCUGUGCGGGGAGAGGGGCACAGUCUGAUCAUGGUGGAAGAAUGUGGGCGCUAUGCCAGCUUCAGUGCCAUCCCAAGCCUUGCCUGGCAGAUGUGCACAGUGGUGACAGGUGUUGGCUGUGCUCUCCUGCUCCUGGUGGCCAUGACUGCAGUCCUGGGCUGCUGCAUGGAGGAGCUUAUCUCCAGAAUGAUGGGACGUUGCAUGGGAGCAGCACAGUUCGUGGGAGGGUUGCUGAUAAGCUCAGGCUGUGCAUUAUACCCCUUAGGAUGGAAUAGCCCGGAAGUAAUGCAAACAUGUGGGAAUAUCUCCAAUCAAUUUCAGUUAGGUACCUGUAGGCUUGGUUGGGCCUAUUACUGUGCUGGAGGUGGAGCAGCUGCAGCCAUGUUGAUCUGUACCUGGCUCUCUUGCUUUGCUGGAAGAAACCCCAAACCUGUAAUGCUGGUGGAGAGCAUCAUGAGGAACACCAAUUCUUAUGCCAUGGAGCUUGACUACUGCCUCAAGCCUUGAGCUUUGGUGGAAGACUGGAAAGGGUGGGAAAGAGGAGGGAAGGGAGCCUUGAAAAGAGGUACUAAGACUAGACCAGUUGCCACCCACCUGUCAGCAGUGUAGCCUAGAGUUGCAUGCUUUUUAACUCACCAAAUUCAUCUUAUAAGCUAAAUUCUUAUAGAUAUGAGUGAAAUUCAAAUGUUACUUUCAGUGCUCUUUAUGACAUCUUUGUUCCAACCUGAGUUUAAAAAAUGUUUAGAAAGAAGCUGUAAAAGCCAUUUAGCAUAUCCUAUAAUAUUAAUUCAUUUUCACUUCCCCUUAAGCCAGUGGGUCAGUGACUACUUACAAAAUUCAUCAAGAUAUAUGAUUUUCUCAAAUGUUUACCUAGCUGGUGAGUACCCACUAGCCCCCAAGUCCUAAAGUACUCCUUUAUGAAAAAUAAGGAGAAGAUCCUCACUUGAAAUGUAACUGCACAAAGCUAUAUAAGAACACUCGAGCAGGAAGGGACAAGGAGAUGAACAGGGCUGGUUCCUGCCAUUCCAUUCUUAUGGCCCUCCCCCUAAUACUGAUUACUAUCUAUAAAAUGCCACUGAUCAAAUACUUGAGACUUUCUCAGGAAUAUACCUUGACUCUUCCUCUUUUAUCUGGCCUCUUUUCCUUUUCUUUUGUGAGCUUGUGGUGAGGGUAAUUAUCAAUAAGGAAAAUAUUAACCAAGGAUACUUAUUUAGUCUAAGACUCUUUCCUCAUUAUGCUCUAGAAUAUUCAUAAGAGUUCAUUUUGUGUUUUGGCUUGGUGACUGGCAAUAAAAUAUAGUGGCAAGUAUUCUGCUAGUCCUUUAUAUAUUCAGAAAUGGUGUUCAUUAAAUGUUGUGAGCAUAUAAUAGCACUUGUUGUGCACUCAAUAAACAUGGUUUUAUGAUGAUGAUGACAA